AUGACGAGUCCUACGCCAGCAGACAGUGUCGAUCUCGGGCAUGAUAUCGACCAGAAUCCGUCGCCGGUCGUCAGCAUCGACACCGAUUCCACACCAUACACCGAGCUUUCUCCGCCGGACAGUCCGAUACAGCAGGAGAAACCCUCCAAGGAUAAGAGGGCGCUCGCGAGGAAGAAGCUAGCCACCUUGACCCUGGAGGAAAAAGUGUCUCUCCUGACAGCCGCAGACUUCUGGAGGACCAAGGCGAUCCCAUCCAAGAACAUCCCAGCGGUCAAGACAAGUGACGGACCGAACGGCGCUCGCGGUGGAAUCUUCGUCGGCGGCACAAAAGCCGCCCUUUUUCCCUGCGGUAUCUCACUGGCCGCGACAUGGAACAAGGACAUCCUCUACCAAGUCGGCCAGCACCUCGCCGAGGAGGCUAAGGCUCGGUCAGCUAACGUUCUCCUGGCGCCGACUGUUUGCAUGCACAGGCACCCAUUAGGAGGGCGAAAUUUCGAGUCGUUUUCCGAGGAUCCCAUCCUCACGGGAAAGCUCGCUGCGCAGUACAUCAAGGGUCUCCAGGAGAAGGGCGUGGCUGCCACUAUCAAACACUUCGUUGGCAAUGAGCAGGAAACUCAGCGGGUGACCAGCAAUUCCAUCAUCGCCGAACGGCCGCUCCGCGAGCUGUACCUGCGUCCGUUCGAGAUUGCAGUCCGCGAGGCAAAGCCAUGGGCUCUCAUGUCUUCAUACAACCUCGUGAACGGCGCCCACUCUGACAUGAACAGCCACGUGCUCAGAGAUAUUCUCCGCGGCGAGUGGGGGUAUGACGGAACCGUCAUCUCGGACUGGGGUGGCUUAAACUCCACCGUCGAGUCGCUGAAGGCCGGGUGCGAUGUCGAGUUCCCCUUCUCUACCAAGUGGCGCUUCGAGAAGGUGCAUGAGGCCCUGCGGGAUGGGAGGUUGACCGAGGCUGAUGUUGAUCGGGCCGCCGAGAAUGUCCUCACUCUCGUCGAGCGGACGAAAGGGAGCGAUCUGACACCCGAGGCCGAGGAGAGGGAAGAUGACCGUGCAGAGACGAGGAAUCUCAUCCGGGAGGCCGGCGUUCAGGGGCUCACCCUCCUGAAGAACGAGGAGUCCAUCCUGCCUAUUGACCCUGCAACGGCCAAGGUCGCCGUUAUCGGGCCAAAUGCCAACAGGGCAAUUGCUGGGGGUGGGGGAAGUGCCAGCCUCAACCCGUACUACAACACGCUGCCCCUUGACAGCAUCCGCAAGGUCGCCCAGCAACCCGUCACCUACAGCCAGGGAUGCCAUAUCUAUAAGUGGCUUCCUGUUGCUUCGCCCUACUGCUCCGACAAAACGGGGAAGCAAGGUGUGUCGAUCGAGUGGUUCAAGGGCGACAAGUUCCAGGGGCAGCCGGGGGUGAUUCAGCAUCGGACCAACACUGACUUGUUCCUCUGGGACUCGGCACCGCUUACCCAUGUCGGGCCCGAGUGGUCGGCCGUCGUGACGACAUACCUGACGCCCCCAUGCACCGGCAAGCAUACCAUCUCCUUCAUGUCUGUUGGCCCGGGAAAGCUAUACGUCAACGGGAAGCUCGCACUAGACCUCUGGGACUGGACCGAGGAAGGCGAGGCCAUGUUCGACGGCUCCAUCGACUACCUGGUCGACGUCGAGAUGCAGGCCGGCCGGCCUGUGGAGCUCCGCGUCGAGAUGACCAACGAGCUGCGCCCGCUGGCCAAGCAGCAGCAGUUCAACAUGACGCACAAGUACGGCGGCUGCCGGAUCGGCUUCAAGGCCGAGGACCAAAUCGACUACCUACAGGAGGCCGUCGACGCCGCCAAGGCGGCCGACGUGGCUGUGGUCAUCGUCGGCCUGGACGCCGAAUGGGAGUCUGAAGGCUACGAUCGGCAGACCAUGGACCUCCCCUCGGACGGAAGCCAGGACCGCCUCAUCGAGGCCGUCGUCGAGGCGAACCCGCGCACCGUCGUCGUGAACCAGUCCGGCUCGCCCGUCACCAUGCCGUGGGCCGACCGUGUGCCAGCCAUUCUGCAGGCGUGGUACCAAGGUCAGGAAGCAGGCAAUGCACUGGCCGACGUACUCUUUGGCUUGCAGAACCCUAGCGGUAAACUCCCGUGUACCUUCCCCCGCCGCCUGCAAGACACGCCCGCAUACCACAACUGGCCAGGCGAGAACGAGUCCGUCGUCUACGGCGAAGGCAUCUACAUAGGUUACCGGCACUACGACCGGGUCGGCAUCUCCCCGCUGUUCCCCUUCGGCCACGGCCUGUCGUACACGACCUUUGAGUACGGCCGGCCCUCGCUCAGCGGCAAGGUUCUCACUCCCGACAGCACGCUUGAGCUGGUAGUCGGCAUCAGCAAUGUGGGCAAGGUGAAGGGUUGGGAGACGGUGCAGGUGUACGUGCGGGACGAGAAGAGCCGGCUGCCGAGGCCGGAGAAGGAGCUGGUUGCGUUUGACAAGGUCGAGCUGGAGGCCGGCGAGACGAAACACCUUCGGAUGGGCAUCGAUAAGUACGCGGUCGGGUACUUUGACGCGGCGGUUGGGCGGUGGGUGGCGGAGGCUGGGGUAUUUAGGGUAUUGGUUGCUGCUUCGGCGGCUGAUAUCAAGUAUGAUGUCGCUUUUGAGGUCAAGGAGACAUUCUCGUGGGUUUUCUGA